CAAAUGACGUUCUUGUUUAUCAGAGCUUUACAGAGCGUAGAAAAGUGAAGUGCACGCGGGUACGCGAACAUGAUAUACAAACCCGUGUAAGAGCACGCACAGGGCAGUGCACGUAGACUAGCGUAGUAGAGCGUAGUAGGUUAUAGAUAGUCGGUAUGCUGUCUUCAGAUCUCCAUAAUUAUCUCCGACUGUUUGGCUUCGAAAAAAGCGCAGAACCGGAACCGGUGGAAGCGGAGGAAGAGUAUGGCUGGGCUCAACUUCCCGACAUUCUAUUGGAGGACAUCUUCGCCUUGUUGACACCCAAAGCCCGCCACCAGGCGUCGCGUGUGUGUAAGUCGUGGUAUAAAACCUUUUAUUCGCCGCGCGUCUGGGAGACAUUUAUUUUCGAGGAUGGAACUCUCACAAAGAGGCGUUACAACUUGUUCAAAGGGUUCACACGUGAGCUGUGUCCCAGGAAAUCUCAAAACUGUUUCAAUAAUGUCGGGUCUCUUUUCAAGAAAAUCAUUGUUUCUCCGAUACUUAACUUUUAUAAUUUGCUCUUCUUGGGUGUCCUCAGCUCAUUCCUGUCCUUCUAUGAAGAGUUCCCGAUACCCAUGCUGCACACGUUUCAGUUUACGUUCGCGUGUGAAAGUCGUGGCAUCAAUGGUAACCUGAUAUACGGAACUGGCGGACAGAUCCUUCAAGAGCUCAACACACUGAUCGGCUGUAUGAAGAACCUGAAAACAUUGAGUAUCAACCAGCUCCUGCUCGCCGAGGAGGAUGUGUCUGGUUUGUUUGAGGCUGCGCUUAAGUACAAUGGCGAGUCUGUUCGGUUCCUUGAGAUCAUAAACUGUGCAAAAGCUGACACUCCAAUUCCACAGUUAGCGAGGUUCGACUCUCUGCAGCGACUUACGGUCAGUCACCAACAUGUCGAUGACGAGGUGGCAGUUCUUCUAUCGGGGACCGGGCUCUCUGACCUUCGUCUAGUCCAGGAUCAAUACACAUGCGCCACACAGCCUGUUUCAGCCGACGCCUGGCGCAUCAUCAAAGAGAUUGCGCCAUAUCUAAAGGUGACACUUGAAGUACGUGGAAAGUGUAAAAAUACGUUGUUACUUCAACCGCACGCACCCGUGGUCAGUAUCGUUUUCGACACGCCCCACUCCAAGAUAUCGCAUGGCGCGGCCAUGGACAUUGUCCACUUCUACAGGAAGACACUGGAAGUGUUUAUCCAAAAGGGCAUCCCCCGUGUCCACGGCCCAAGAUCAUUCCAUGAAAGGGGGGAUUCUUCUUUCGUCAUGUUAGUUAAACAUUGUCCGAAGCUCAAAACCCUCAUCAUCAAUGAACGGAUAUCAACAGCAACAGUGCUCUUGCUUUCGCACGAGGGCAGAUCAUUGAAGACCUUCAUCGUACGGACAAAUGCCAUUAUCAAGCGGUCGGACUGGCCUCGGGAUCGAGAGUGGUCUGAGGAAUUUUAUACGAAACUGAGAACAAAUGCGCGCUGUUAUGAUCGGAUGUCAAACGAGGUUGCGCAGAAACACGAGUGGAAAUGGCGUCCUUUGUCAGACAGAGAGUUUAAGCAGAUGGUUUAGAUUUGAUUGUACAUAGGAACUCUCAUACACGAAUGCUUAUGAGAUUAUUUUUGUAUUGUGCAAUACGCGUUUGAUCGUUUACACUUUUAUACACCUUGUUCUAUAUUACUCACAAAUCUAUUUACAUCCCGUUACAUUGAUGUUAUCAGUAUCUGUACGAUACGGUGUUAUCAAACAUCAACCUGACUUCUCUGUCUUGUCCGAUAUUUUAAAAAAGAAUCUGUAUACAAAUGCACUCUUUACUUUGCGUUAAGACCGCGUAUCAAAUGGCAUCGCUAUUAUGAUUUCUGUAAGUACUAUACAGAUGGCUGUGUUACUGACUCCUCGUGAACAUUUAUUUGCAUGUGAUGUUGUAACAAGUUUUGUUAUCCAUGGAAUCAUGUCCUCUACAAUAUUGUACCCUGUCGUUUUGAUAAAAAUGCAAUCUUUAA